AUGAAUCUUGAGCAAAAGCAAGCAUUUUCAGUGGCAAGAUCACCAUUCGAAAUUUCAUGGAACUCCAAAGAGAUUAAAACUUCCGACUUAGACAUAAAACAUGCAUCAGCCAUUCACCCAAAAACAAUUUAUGUUGGAGUAGGAAGCCCACCAGUUCAAACCGAAAGCCCAUCAGUUUAA